GCCAUCCAGCAAAGCUAAUAUCCUCCCAGCAUAUGGUCUAAAGUCCCUGCUAUAGAUCGGGAACAACAAACAAACAAACAAACAACCGCCACAUCCUUGAGCCUCCUCUCCCCGAACACGCAGCCCCACCCCCGCCCUGCACCUCCGCGCCUCCCGCCAACUUCCCAGGCUCCGCGAAGAGCGGCGGGGACGCGGCUGCCGGGGUGGGUGGGCGGCCCAGGCCGGCGAUGCGGUGGCCGGUGUGCAGCUGACGGCGACGGGAGCGCCGGGAGCGGCUCCGCGCAGAUAGUUCUGCCCCAGAGACAACAAGUAUGAGUACCACAGACAAUGGUGUCAACUGUCUAUGUGCUAUAUGUGGGGACAGAGCAACAGGAAAACACUAUGGAGCAUCCAGCUGUGAUGGGUGCAAGGGCUUCUUCAGGCGCAGCAUUCGCAAGAGUCACGUGUAUUCCUGCAGGUUCAGUCGGCAAUGUGUUGUUGACAAGGACAAAAGGAAUCAAUGUAGAUAUUGUCGAUUAAGAAAGUGUUUUAGAGCAGGAAUGAAAAAAGAAGCUGUGCAAAAUGAACGUGACAGAAUCAGCACCAGAAGAAGCACUUUUGAUGGCAGCAACAUCCCCUCCAUUAACACAUUGGCGCAGGCUGAGCUCCGGUCUCGCCAGAUUUCAGCCUCAAGCCCUGGUGCAAGCACAGACAUAAAUGUUAAGAAAAUUGCAAACAUUGGUGAUGUCUGCGAAUCUAUGAAACAGCAACUCUUGGUCUUGGUGGAAUGGGCAAAAUAUAUUCCUGCCUUCUGUGAAUUACCCCUGGAUGAUCAGGUGGCCCUGCUGAGAGCUCAUGCAGGGGAACAUUUACUGCUUGGAGCUACAAAAAGAUCCAUGGUGUAUAAAGAUAUUUUGCUUUUGGGAAACAACUACAUUAUUCAGCGCAACAGCUGUGAAGUCGAGAUCAGCCGUGUGGCCAACCGAGUUCUAGAUGAGCUGGUCCGACCAUUUCAGGAAAUCCAGAUUGAUGACAAUGAAUACGCUUGUUUGAAGGCAAUUGUUUUUUUUGAUCCAGAUGCGAAAGGACUGAGCGAUCCAGUGAAGAUUAAGAACAUGCGGUUCCAGGUGCAGCUGAGCCUGGAGGACUACAUCAACGACCGGCAGUACGACUCGCGCGGCCGGUUCGGGGAGCUGCUGUUGCUGCUGCCCACGCUGCAGAGCAUCACCUGGCAGAUGAUUGAGCAGAUUCAGUUUGUCAAACUGUUUGGGAUGGUUAAAAUUGACAACCUGCUGCAGGAAAUGCUACUGGGUGGUGCUUCCAAUGACAUUAGUCAUGUCCAUCAUCCAAUGCAUCCACAUUUGUCUCAAGAUCCAUUAACUGGACAAACCAUACUUCUAGGCCCUAUGUCAACACUGGUUCAUACAGACCAGAUCUCGACUCCUGAAACCCCACUCCCUUCCCCACCACAAGGCUCUGGACAAGAACAAUACAAAAUAGCUGCAAACCAAGCUUCAGUUAUUUCACACCAGUCUCUCUCCAAACAAAAGCAAUUGUGAGGAAAUGUUUACUUCUGAACAGCACUGAAUAAAUGUGAAAAAUUACUGGUCUUGAAAUGUCUCAGGAUAUUGCUUUUGUCAAACUCUUAGCCAAGGCUUCUUCAUGGUGCUGUUGUAAGAUGGUAAGCUAUUUUCUUGUUUUUAGGCUCAUUUUGUAUGUUGUUGCUAUUGUCUGAAACCAUCAGUUGCAACCACUGUAUUAUUUGAGUUUUGAUGUGUUUAUAUCGUAUGAUUUUUCCAGCUUCCUUAGCACUGUGCCUUAAGCAGUCUAAUCUAUGUACUACUUUCAUCUGUUGCCUCAAUAUUAAUUUAAACCUGUAAAUAACUGCUUCACCAUUAUUUCACACAGAACUAAGUGUUCUUUUGACUGAGGAUAUUAGAUCAGAAAUCUCAGAUUAAUAUACAGUGAACCAAAUUUUUAGCAAAUUUUAAACUUGAAAAUUAGAAAAAAUACAGCAGUUGCCAUAGAAUAAGGUAUAUAGAUCUUUGAAGAUCACUUAUAGAUAUCCUGUGGUUUGGAAGUGCCUUUUCAGCCCACAGUUAAAUAUGCCUAUUUUAAGUUUAGAAAAAUAUAAAUAGCCAUUCCAAGGAUGGCUGGAUAUUAUUUGAAAUUUGACUAUAUUUGAAGGUGUAUCAUAUGAUAAAAGGUGUUAGUUUCAGCAGAUGGGUCACAGGCUAAACUAGAAAAAGAAAUCCCUUAAAUAGUGGCUCAACCAAGAGAGAAGUUUGUUUCACUGUCCUAAAACAAUGCGGAAGUCGUCUUCCAUGGACUAGAACUUGGCACAUGCCCACAUCCAGCUCACGGAGGGCCUGGGAGAGUAGGAAGAAAGCCUUAGGUCAACCAAAGCUACAACUCUGGAGAACUAAUAAUACUUGGCGACAAAUUAGCCAUCUUUCUGUAUCAUGUGUGUUAGCUCACUUUGUCCUCACAACAACCCUGAAAAGAGAUAUUAUUAUCUUUCUGUUAUAAAUAAAGUAAUCCAUUACUUAGAUUGUUUAAGUAAUGUAACCAAAGUUCAUAAACCUAAAGAGCAGGAGAGCCACAUUUAAACCCAGGUCUAGUUAUUCCUAUGAAAUAGGAAUAAAUAUAUUUUUGGUGUGACAUGAAAACUGUAGGCUUCUUACUGUGGUUUUUAAAUAUGUACAAUUGACUACUGAUCUAAUACUAUCUGUCAUGUUAUCUAUAACACAUAUUUACAUGUAAGCCAUGAGUGUCAAAUUGCUGCAGCAUAAAAAAAAACACUUUUAUACUUUGAAUAAGAGUCUUACCCCUAAAAAAUAUUUUAAACAAAUUAAAGAAAAUAAAAGCUACACCAGUUGGGUUAUCAUGAAAACAAAAAAUAAAUUUAAAUUAUUAACUAUCAGAUUUUUCAAAAAUCCAGCAACCCAGGGAUAUACUAAAUGUCUUUUCUGAACCUAGGAGUACAGUUCAUUGGAGGCCUAAACUAUUUGAUAUCAUGUAAGGCUGGAGCCUAUUUAAAAACAAUUAAUAAUGGGUUGCCUUGUAAACCAGUAAUCACGCAAACUCUCUCUCUCAUACUUUAUUAGUUGAAGCAGGGAACAACUGGUUGAAUAAUUAUUAAUGAUAUAAAGAAGUUAUCUCAAGUUGUAAGAGACUGAUUUACAUGAUUUUUUAGGGCCUUUCAAAAUUUCUAAGAUUACGAUUUUAUAACCCCCACUUACCCUGUAACUAAAAAGUUUCAGUGGAUGUUAAGUAACUUGCCAGUUCUUAAAGUGAAAUUGAACUCUGAAAAUAGAAAAUGAUUACUUAGAAGCUAUGAUUGAUUUAAUAGAAUCAAUAAAUUCUUUCAAUAGCUGGCAGCUUUGUGCAAGUGUGAAAUCUUCGAGAAAGAAAGAGAAAAGCUUUUUUAACUUACAUUUUUCUUGGAA